CAGCGGCUGCCAUCGAGAGACUUACCACAACCAGCAGGAUGGAAGUGAAAUGGACUCAUUUGGGUCUCAUCUUCUUUGUAAUGCUGUCAAUCAUUAUGACAGGCUGCUUCCUCUGGCAAUAUCAUCUGCCCAAGCUAAUGCCCGGUGAGAUUGUGCCUUUUGAAAAGUAUUCAACCCCCUUGAAGCUGUGUCCCCGAUACCCCAAGCCCACUCCAUUGGAGCACCCAAUCCCCUACCUGAAGGCGGCGCUGGAGAAAGUGGAUGCAGUUCUCCGGCAUAGCAUCAAUCCCACCAGCCUUCCCACAAUAUCUGCCAUAGUCAUUUACAAUGACACUGUGUUGUGGACAGGAAACUUUGGAAAGAAAAAUGGCAGUGACCCUAAAUCAGCACCUCCUAAUGAGUACACCAUCUACAGGAUUGCAAGUAUAUCUAAGAUCUUCCCCACUUUGAUGCUCUACCGGCUAUGGGAGGAUGGUAAAGUGGGCUCAUUAGAUGACCCACUGGAGAAGUAUGUGGAGAAUUUCACCAUCAAAAACCCACUGGGGAAGACCAAAAAUUCAGAGCUGAAAUAUGUGACAGAUGGGCUGAUCUUCCUGGAUAGCAGUGAGGUUCAGAUUCGCUCUUCCUCAGUAACCCUUCGUAGAAUGGCCAGUCAUCUCUCUGGUUUACCAAGAAGACUUCGGUCCACUAACCUGCUGUGGAAGGGCAAGACUCAAGCUGCGAUCAGUCUUCUACAGGAUGAUGUGCUGGUUGCAGAUCCAGGAACAAAAUGUCACUACAGCAACUUGGCUUUUUCCUUGUUGGCCCAUGUCCUGGCUGAGAGGGUGUUGGGUUUGAAUUACCAGCGCUGGAUUACUGAUAACAUCCUUGGCCGGUUGGGAAUGGAGGACACAGGCUUUGAUAUCACCCCCAGCAUUCAGAGUCACAUGGCUGUUGGUGUCUACGCUAAUGGCCAACCUGCACCACUUUAUGACCUAGGCUGGUAUCGCCCGUCGGGGCAGAUGUUCUCUACAGCUGCUGAUCUGGCCAAACUGGCCAUGAUGCUUCUUGGGGCUUAUCAUCGCAAGCUUCUGGAGCCAGACACCUUAAAAAUAAUGCUCACUCCAUUGUUCCACUGUGAUAAAGAUUACUUUGCCAACCGCACUGGAACUCCAUGGGAGGUGAAUGAACAGCUUGGUUAUGAGCUGCUUCGUAAAGAUGGGGACUUGGAUGGGUACUCCGCCACAUUCUCCCUAGUACCCCGACUCAAGAUCAGCAUGAUUGUUCUGAUGGCAGGCACAAGGUCUCAGAACCAGGAUGUGAUAACCAAGGCCUAUUCAUAUAUCAUUCCUGCCAUGGAGAGAGCUUUCAGAGAUGCCAAGCGGGUCCUUGUGCCUCCCCCCAAUCCUGCUCCAUAUGUAGGGUUCUACACAUACAAUAACAUCACCUUUUAUGAGAUCAAAGCUGGACCAGAAAGAGUCCUCAUCAUGCAGCAGUUUGGGCCUCAGAUUGAGAGCUUGAUUCCUGAGAGAUACCGAACCAUAAAGUUGUCUUACCUGGUAGAUCGAGUUUUUAAGGUUGUGUUUGAGAAACAGUACCCCUGUAUUUUACAUGUGGGUUCUGCCUCAGUGUCAUUGGAAGCCCAGGAUGGGCAACUCUUCAAUUUCUAUAUGUUUGACAAAUUUGGGUUAUCCCCCGGUUUUGAUGCACCAGGUCUGAACACUUACAAUGUGGUCCGAAUUGCCCACAGACCCAUAUUUUCAAAGUGAAAUCUAAUAUCCAAAAAACUAGAGACUGUACAAUAUUGCUGUUUCUGUUUUUUUUUUUUUUAAACCAAAGAUGUGUAAAUGCCCUAUAUGUUUGACAAAGCCUCAUCUGCGUAGUACCCAUUCAUGUUCUUUUUUUUUCCAUAAAUACUGUGUAUAAUUAUGAUUUUACACCCAUCUUACAGUACUGUGUGGUUGAUAUAUACACAGUAUCCUCUAUAUUGGGUCAUGAAGAGCAGUAUGAAUUUAAAGUUUUAGCCUUUGCAGUCUCAUUUAUCAGUUAAUUAUCCAGCACUCAAUGAACUAGAUACUGCAGUAAACAAACUGUGCACUUUUGACCAA